AUGUUGUCCAAGCUCUUUAAUUAAAAUAGAUCCUAGAUCAGUAAAUUGAUAUCUUUGCUUCCUUAUUAGAACAGGAGUUUUGCUGGAAAAAGAGGCAAAUUCGAAUACAAUCCUGAUUCAAUAGAUAAAAACCCCUUCAAUAUCAAAUUAAAUAAAGAUAAAGAAGGAAAGAAAACGCCUUCUACAUUAGAAAAGAUCAAAUCUUACUUUUCAUAAAAGUCUAAAAGUUUUGGAGAAAAGAAAGAAGAAUCAAAGGAACCAACAGCUAAUGAAAUAUUCUAGUAGUAAAAGGCUAAAGAUAAUAAAGACCAGCCUAUAUAAAAAGACAGCAAGGAAUAGCAAGACACAGUUAACAAGAUCAUCGAGAUGAUUUCAAAGAACAUCAAUAGAAAAUAUUUUAGCGAAAAAAAGCUUCCAAGAUUUUUAGAACUUUGCUUUUCUGUGAAGGAUUUGAAUCUCUUAACUGAGAAUGAGAAAUUUGAUGAGUUCAUCUAUCAAGAUCUUAAGUUUCUGAUCUAGUCAGUUAAGGAUGUCCAAAAUAUAAAUCAUUUUGUGAAAUUCGCAGUGUAUUUCAAGCUAGAAUCUGAUCCAGAGUUACUUGAAAUACUUGCAGACUAAGUCAGGAGAAGUAUUGGCAGAUUUAAGACUGAUGAGAUUCUUGAAAUUUUAGUAAAUUUCUCGCAUACAUUGAGUCCAGAGUGUAAAUCCCUAUUUGAAAUAGCUAAUGAGGAUUUUGUAUUCAGACUUACUACAAAUUAUGAUCCUAUGGAGGGUGAUUUACUUAUCUAAUUAGACGAUAUUCCAAAGAUACUCAAUACAUUUUUAGAUCUCUAGCAAUUAAGUGCCAGUUUGAAAGAGAAACUACAAGAUUAUUAUGUAGAGAACGUUAAUAGCUUUAGUUAUAAGACUUUAAGUGAAAUAGCAGUGAUCUAUGCUUCUAAGAUGGAUCAAACAUACAAAGAAUUGUUUUUUGGAAAAUUCAAAGAUAAGUUCCUCAAAGAUUUAAAACACUUAGAUCAAGAAAUAUUUUAUAAAGUACUUUGGUCUUUGAUCAAAGCUGAUACAAUUGAAGUUGAUGAUAGAGGUUUCGAAUGGUCUCUAAUUAAAGAAACAAUAAUUAAGAGAGCAAAGGAUUUUGACCCUGCUACAGUCACUAAUAUUCUCGUAUUGUCUACUACUGGAAAAACUAAUAGUGAAAAGAUAGUAACAAUAACUGGAGAUUUAUUUGAUGCCUUACAGUCUGAAUUGAUAAUUAAAAUGCAAAGUAUGAAUCUAUCAGAUUUAAUCAAUCUCAUGUGGAGUAUAUCUGAGAUUAAAAAGGGGUCAUAACUCUUUUACUCUGAACUUGAAAAGUAGAUAACACUCAGAUUGAGAUCCAUUAAUGAUGAUGAUCUGCUCUUACUUUUAGAUUGUUUUUCUGACAUGCAAAACAGUUUUUCUUAAAAAUUUCUGGACAUUAUCAUUAAUGUGAUUUAAGAAAAGAAAGAUAGAUUCUAAUUAAAAACUUUAGUCAAUAUAAUAUUUGCCUUUUCCAAGAUAGAUUUUGAUUACACAUCUAUUCAAUAGAUUCUUUUAGAUUUCAGAGAUUAUGAGAGACUCAUAGUUAGUCUUCCAAAUAUGCUGUAAAAGUCUCAAUGCAUUCUACUCUGGACAUAUUCUAGAAAUGAAUAGAUUAUAGAUGCGAAUUUCUUGUAAAAGAUUUGCCAAGCUAUUCUUCAUUAUGAAUCAGGAGUAUUUGAGCUAGAUAACUUUGACUUGCUCUUACUUUCUUAAUCUAUAAUGCAUAUAUAAAGAAGUGAACUAUCAAAAGAUGCAGAUUACAUGCAAUAAUUCUAUGAUUUAGCUAAAACAGCAGAGACCUUUGCCAUUAAGAAUAUUGAACGCAUGAAUAUUCAUGAGUUUGCUACCAUAAUGCUUUUCUAUUUGCAGAAUGAUCAAUGCAUAACUAAGCAAUUGAUUGAGAAAAUGAUUCCUAAAAUUGAAGAUUGCGUUAGUGAGUUUAAUGAGCUAUAACUAAGUAUGAUCUAAAAGGCUAUAAUUAAAUUUGCUAUUAAAAAUCAGGAAAAAUAUGAAAGAACAUUAUUUUAGCAGUGUCUAGAAAAAUUACAAGAAGAACUUGAUGGAAUCUAGCUUGAGAAGGAGUUUAUAGAAAGCGAAGAAAGAAUACUAGAAACUAUAAGAGAGAGAAUUAAGCAAAGAAUAGAAAAUGAGCCUAAACCAUUUAAACCUCAUUAUACUCCAUCAGACUCCAAAUUAGAGUAGCAAGUACCUGAGUCAAAGCCCGAAUCAAUAAAAAUUAUUGAUAAUUCUGAAAAUAUUAAAAAAGACAUAAAUAAGCCAUAAAAUUUCGCAGAUGUUCCUGAUCCGAGUAAAAUAUCUGAAGCUGAAGCAAAUAAAUUUAAUGAACAAUAAUCUCAAGAUAGAUAAUCAAAGACAAGUGAGAAGGAUGAUAGGGAGCCGAUUGAAAAUGAGAAAGAUAGAAAGAAGCUUCUAAAGUAUCUCCUCAAUAGAAAAAAGUGA